GCUUGCCUAAACUUACAUUACCUGCAUAUAGAGUGCGUGACAGACGUUUAUCAACUAUCGAUAUAUCGUUCGAUAAUGUCGCAUGCGACUGCGCAGUAGUCAUAGUUUUAUACAGUAAUGGCUGACCACAACUGUUUACGUUACACAGAAUAGUGGCAAAUAAAUAAUUUACAACAAAUAUAAGAAAAUAAACAAUAUUAAGACCGGAAUAACUUUUUAAAUAUGAAUAAUCGAGUGCCCAUUCCUCGGAAGUCAUUUUAUGAACUUUCUGCAAGACAACAAAGGAAUAAUAUGCAGUUGAGGUUUGAUAACCAACAACACAAUAACUUAAGGCUAAAUGAAAAUGCUCCAAUAUUAGAAAUUCCAAUACAGGUUGAAAAUAAUUUACCGCCUAAUAAUGAUUUGAGACAAGAGAUGGAAGACCAGGAACUAGAGAACAUGCCAGAUGUAGCAAGAGAUGAAGAAAUGGAGUUACAUAGCGUUCAUGAAGCAGAUGAUGAUAGAGUGGAAAAUAUGGAGGAACCAGAAGCUGAGGAAAGUGGAGAAGAACAAGCGGAAGCACAGGACGAAGGACCAGUGCUAUAUGACGACGACGAUGAUGAUGAUGAUGAUGAUGACGAUGAUGAUGAUGAUGGUGAUAAUGAUAUUAAUAAUCAUCAUCCUAAUAUAGAGAAUGAUUAUGAUCCGCCAUUGUACGAAAACUCUCCACUUACAUUAAGUCAAAGCAUGCUCUUGAUUUUGACUAUAUUUCUCUCUCACAAUAUUUCCCAAUCAUGCUUAUCUGAUAUUAUUACAGUGAUAAAUAUGCAUUGUCUCGGAAAUAACUUACGGCGCAACAGCUUAUAUAAAUUUAAAAAAUUUUUUAAGAUUACUAAUUAUCGAUCUGAAAUUGUGACAAAACAUUAUUAUUGUUCUCUGUGCUUGAACAGUUUAUUGUCUGCUCAAGAUGUAUGUGCUGAUUGCCAAGGGAAAAAAGGUUACAAAUCCUUAUAUUUUAUUGAGCUUUCUUUCAUUCAGCAAUUGGCUGAAUUAUUAAAGCGGCCAUACUUUUACGAUAAAUUACAAUCACGGUUUCAAAGAAAUGAGUUGCAACCCAAUACUAUAAGUGAUAUCUACGAUGGCAAGUUAUACGAAGAAUGGAAUACAGGUGAAUUUCUGGCAAAUCCUAAUAAUUUGUCAUUUACAUGGUAUACAGAUGGUGUGCCAGUGUUCAAGUCUUCAGGUGUGAGUAUAUGUCCAUUUUACUUGACAAUAAAUGAGCUGCCUUUUAAGGACCGGAUGAAGAAAGAAAAUAUGAUAUUGGCUGGACUAUCAUUUGGAAAAAUAAAACCAAAUAUUAACAGCUUUGUUUUCAAACUACGAACUCAAUUUGAACAACUUGCAAACGGUCAUCAAUUUAUGCUACCCGAUAAUCAAAUUAUUAAUGUCAAAGCCAUUUUAUUAAUAGGAACUUGUGACAUGGUUGCCAAAUGUCAAAUGUUGAACAUGGUUCAAUUUAACGGAGAGUUCGGUUGUCACGUUUGCAAAAUACCUGGUGAAUCUUUCGAAUUACCGUCUGGUGGGACAACUCAUGUGUAUCCAUAUACCAUAGACUUACCGCUACGAACAUCUGAUGAAACUGAAGAAUAUGGAAGGAUAGCAUUGAAUUCGGGUAUACCAGUAAUGGGUGUAAAAGGGCCGUGCUCAUUAUCCAAGUUUAUGCCGGAUUUUAUUGUUGGUACAGGAAUCGAUCGAAUGCACUGUAUAGAUGGAGGAGUUGUUAAAAAACUAUUAACACUUUGGUUUGAUAAUGCGUACAGUGUAUUCCCUUUUUCUUUACAUCAUGUUAAAAAUGUAGUAGAUGAGCGUCUUAUAGCUAUAAAGCCACCCAAAUUCAUCCAUCGUAUGCCUCGUUCAACAGAAGACCUUACUCACUGGAAAGCUUCAGAGCUAAAAGCAUGGUUUUUUUACUAUUCUAUUCCCGUAUUAUUUGAAAUAAUGAGGAAUGAUUUUUUUAAUCAUUUACUAUUAUUAAUUUGUGGAAUAUCAUUCUUGAGUGCCGAUGUGAUAACUGAUAAUAUGCUAGAGCUUGCUCAAAUUUUUUUGGAUAAAUUUGUCCGAAAAUUCCAAGAACUUUACGGCUUACAAUUCUGUUCUAUCAAUUUGCAUUUGAUUCAGCAUCUAAGCGAAUGUGUUAAAAACUUGGGUCCUUUAUGGGGAUACCAAUGUUAUCAAUAUGAAGACUUGAAUGGUAAAAUUUUAGCUCUUAUCAAUGGAACAACACAUAUUGACUCACAAAUCGUUAGUGCUCACUGUCAAUUACUCAAAAUGGAAAAAUAUAAAAAUCGACUCCCAGAUGGUAAUAUUAGGGACUUCUGUUUUGGUAAAAAAAAAAUGGUCAAAAUAAACGAACGAUUGUUUAAUAACUGCUAUUCUGUUGGAGCUUACAAAACAAUAAUUCCUACAGAUUUAUCAGUUUCUGUGCAACAAGCAAUACAAUUCUUACUACCAGUUCAGCGUAUUAAAAAAUAUUUAAGAUUACUGAAGGAUAGCAAAGUCUACGUUUCAAAAGAAUAUUCCAGAAGUUUACAAACCGAAUCUUCUUACAUUGCUUAUCAAAACGAUAACGGAAACUUAAGUUUUGGGACCAUUUAUUGUUUUAUUUAUGUAUCAAAUUGUGAGUGUGAACCGAAUAAUAAUUGCAAUUGUAAUAAUGAGCACUACGCUAUUAUCAAAGAAGUUAUAUCUGUUGAACAGUUUCAGGUAAAUAGUGACCAUGAAAUAAGUUGUUCUUUUCCUUACCUUCAUAGAUGUGAACAUACAGAUAAUUAUACAGUUAUCACUGUAUCUUCUUUGAGACAUGUCUGCUUUUUUAUUUCAAUUAAUAAUUACAUCUACUUAUCUCAACCAAUAAACGAUAAAGAAUUUGAAUGA